UUCAUUUUCUCAACUCUUCACCAAAAAAGCAACAACUUCUCAAAAAGUCCAAGCUUUCUGCUUCUGAAAUAUUCAUACACAAUGAAUCAAGAUAUAGAUGUUUCACCAUUUUUCCUUUGCCCUAUUUCACUACAACUCAUGAACGAUCCUGUUACUGUCUCAACAGGAAUAACCUACGACAGACAAUCCAUCGAAAAAUGGCUCUUUUCGUCCCAAAACAAUACAUGUCCUGUCACAAAACAACAACUCUUACACGAUCACCAAAAUCUCAUUAUUCUCACACCAAACCACACUCUUCGUAGACUCAUUCAAGCAUGGUGCACCAUUAACUCUUCUUAUGGUGUCCAAAGGAUUCCAACUCCAAAACCACCAACAACACAAACCCUUAUAGAAAAACACCUCAAAGAAGCUUCUGAAUCUUCGGAUUCACCUCAUCUGCUUAUUCAAUCACUCAGAAAGCUCAAAACAAUAGCCUCCGAGAGCGAAACAAAUCGACGGUGUAUCGAAUCUGCCGGUGCAGUAGAGUUCUUGGCAUCAAUAGUAACAAAAAACAACACAAACUGUUCAUCUUCAUCUUCAACAACAGAAUCAACCGAAACUAAUAUUCUUGAUGAUGAUAAUAUUGAAGGUUUUGCUUUUGACUUUGAUAUUGGUGCAGAAGAUGAAGCUGUAAGCAUCCUUUACAAUCUUCAUUUAACCGAACAAGGUUUGAAAACUCUCUUAAACUUCAACAAUGGAGAAUUUUUAGACUCUUUAUUGAGGUUAAUGCAAAAGGGUAAUUAUGAUUCAAGAACAUACGCAGUUUUUUUGUUGAAAUCUAUGUCAAAGGUUGCUGAUCCAUCAGAACUAGCAAAUCUAAAAACCGAGUUUUUCGUCGAACUAGUUCAGCUUCUUAAAGAUCAGAUAUCAAAAAAGGCGUCAAAGGCAACACUGCAAACAUUGAUUCCACUCGUUGAAUUUGGGAGAAAUAGAGUAAGAGCAGUGGAAUCAGGCUGUGUUUCUGUUUUAAUAGAACUUCUUCUUGAUUGCAAAGAAAGGAAGCCGUGUGAGAUGAUUUUGGUGCUGUUGGAGAUGUUAUGUCAAUCUGCUGAUGGAAGAGCUGAACUCUUAAGCCAUGGAUGUGGUUUAGCUAUUGUUUCAAAGAAAAUUUUGAGAAUUUCAACAAUGGCUAAUGAUAGAGCAGUGAGGAUUCUUCUAUCAGUUGCAAGAUUCUCUGCAACACAUAUAGUUGUUCAAGAAAUGCUGCAAAUAGGUGUUGUUGCAAAGCUUUGUUUGGUUCUUCAAGUUGAUAGUGGAAAUAAGGCUAAGGAGAAAGCAAGGGAGAUUCUUAAACUUCAUGCAAAGUCUUGGAGUAAUUCUCACUGUGUACCUACAAAUUUGCUUGCUUCAUACCCAACAAGUGGUUGAAAAAGUUAGAGGGUUUUUUCAUUUUUCAUUUAUUUUACCGGUUUUUGUUUUUUCUUUGUGUAUAGAAAUUAGACUUGUUAAAAGAACAUUAAUUGAAAAAUGGGAAAGGUGUGGAUAUAAAAUAUUGUCCAUGAAAAUGAGUUGGAAACAAAUUGGGAUUAGAUGUAUAUUGUGAGUCGCUACACCAAUAAUGAUACAACAAAGUUUGUCAUGUUCAAUGUUGUUACUUGUUUUAAUUUCAUUCUCUUUUUUUAAGUUUUAAUUAAAUGAUAUUGCUUGAAAUGAUGUAAGCAUGCAUGUUAGUGAUGAAUAUUAAGAUACUUGUGAUGAGAUAUGAUUUUGAUAU